AUAAUGCCAGUCUUCGCCGGUUCCUGGGGCGGGGCUGAGAGUUGAACGCUCUGAGGUAACCCCGAUCACACCACUCUUGUGCAGAGCCUGGCAGGCGGAGGGGCGGGCUCGGCAGUGAGUGGAGGCCGGCCUAGGGGCAUAAACCUGGGCUCCGACGCUGCUGUUCGCAUCCUUCCUUAGUUCAUUCAUUGGUCGCCGUGUUGCUGCAGGAGACGUAUGAGUGACUCCAGCUGUCCUGCAGAAAAAAUGGAAGAAGCUACACCUAACUUAAAAACUCUGGAUUUGAGUCACCAUUCCCGCUUCAUUAUUGGCUCUGUUUCAGAGGAUAACUCUGAGGAUGAAAUUGGCUCCUUGCUUAAAGGUGACUUUCUAGAAGACAAGGAACGAUCAUCUUCCCCAGCCUCUAUAUCCUCAGACACCAUUUCUGACAUGGGAUUAUCAAGCUGUCAAGAAAACCUUGCAUUGCAAAUGCGGCCUAGUAUGUCUGGCUUGCAUCUAGUGAAGCAGGGACGUGAACGCAAAAAAAUAGAUUUACAGAGAGAUUUCACUGUGGCUUCACCAGCAGAAUUUGUCACUCGUUUUGGAGGGAAUAAAGUUAUUGAAAAGGUGCUUAUUGCUAAUAAUGGUAUAGCAGCUGUCAAAUGCAUGAGAUCAAUCAGGCGCUGGUCCUAUGAGAUGUUCCGAAAUGAAAGAGCGAUUCGAUUUGUUGUCAUGGUUACCCCUGAAGACCUGAAAGCAAAUGCAGAGUAUAUUAAAAUGGCAGAUCAUUAUGUACCUGUUCCUGGAGGUCCAAAUAAUAAUAAUUAUGCUAACGUAGAACUUAUUCUUGAUAUUGCAAAAAGGAUUCCAGUACAGGCUGUGUGGGCUGGUUGGGGUCAUGCCUCAGAGAAUCCUAAACUGCCUGAACUUCUCCACAAAAAUGGCAUUGCUUUUAUGGGUCCGCCAAGCCAAGCCAUGUGGGCAUUAGGAGAUAAAAUUGCAUCCUCAAUUGUUGCCCAAACAGCUGGAAUUCCAACUCUACCUUGGAGUGGCAAUGGUUUAAAAGUAGAUUGGCAAGAAAGUGAUCUGAAGAAACGCAUUUUAAAUGUGCCACAGGAGGUUUAUGAAAAAGGCUAUGUCAAAGACGUGGAUGAUGGACUGAAGGCAGCGGAAAUGGUGGGAUAUCCUGUAAUGAUCAAGGCAUCAGAGGGAGGAGGCGGGAAAGGUAUUCGGAAAGUGAACAAUGCAGAUGAUUUUCCCAACCUUUUCCGACAGGUUCAGACAGAGGUUCCUGGCUCUCCUAUAUUUGUAAUGAGACUGGCCAAGCAAUCUCGUCAUCUGGAGGUACAGAUUCUUGCAGAUCAGUAUGGAAAUGCGAUUUCUCUUUUUGGCCGGGAUUGUUCUGUGCAGCGCCGCCACCAAAAGAUUAUUGAGGAGGCACCUGCUUCAGUUGCUACCAGUGCAGUGUUUGAACAGAUGGAACAGUGUGCUGUGAAGCUAGCUAAAAUGGUUGGAUAUGUAAGUGCAGGCACUGUUGAGUAUCUUUACAGUCAAGAUGGCAGCUUUUACUUCCUGGAACUUAAUCCACGGCUGCAGGUGGAGCAUCCAUGCACAGAGAUGGUUGCAGAUGUUAAUCUUCCAGCUGCACAACUACAGAUUGCUAUGGGAAUUCCUCUUCAUAGAAUAAAGGAUAUUAGGAUGCUUUAUGGAUUUACAGCUUGGGGAGACACGCCUAUUGACUUUGACAACUCGUUGAAUGCCCCCUGCCCUAGAGGACAUGUUAUUGCUGCCCGUAUUACAAGUGAAAAUCCAGAUGAGGGUUUCAAACCUAGCUCUGGAACUGUUCAGGAACUAAAUUUCCGCAGCAACAAGAAUGUCUGGGGCUACUUUAGUGUUGCUGCUGCAGGAGGUCUCCAUGAGUUUGCAGAUUCUCAAUUUGGCCACUGUUUUUCCUGGGGAGAAAACAGAGAAGAAGCCAUUUCUAAUAUGGUGGUUGCGCUAAAGGAAUUGUCCAUUCGUGGAGAUUUUCGAACAACGGUGGAGUAUUUGAUAAAACUUCUUGAGACUGAUAGCUUUCAGCAGAAUAGAAUCGACACAGGCUGGCUGGACAGACUGAUCUCUGAAAAAGUGCAGGCUGAACGUCCAGACACAAUGCUUGGAGUUGUAUGUGGAGCAUUGCAUGUGGCUGAUGUGAACCUUAGAAAUAGUGUCUCCAACUUCCUGCACUCAUUGGAAAGAGGUCAAGUCUUAGCAGCACAUACACUACUAAACUCUGUAGAUGUGGAGCUAAUCUAUGAGGGGAUGAAAUAUGUUCUUAAGGUUACACGUCAGUCUCCAAAUUCCUAUGUUGUAAUAAUGAACAACUCCUGCGUAGAAGUAGAUGUGCACAGACUGAGUGAUGGUGGUCUCCUCUUAUCCUAUGAUGGCAGCAGCUAUACAACCUAUAUUAAAGAAGAAAUUGACAGGUACCGUAUCACUAUCGGAAAUAAAACUUGUGUUUUUGAAAAGGAAAAUGAUCCUUCCAUUCUGCGCUCUCCGUCUGCUGGCAAACUUAUUCAGUAUGUGGUGGAGGACGGAGGCCAUGUCUUUGCAGGCCAAUGCUAUGCUGAGAUUGAGGUCAUGAAGAUGGUGAUGACCUUGACUGCCAUGGAGUCGGGAUGUAUACAUUAUGUGAAGCGCCCUGGGGCUGUUCUUGAGCCUGGCUGUGUGAUUGCUAAACUUCAGCUAGAUGAUCCCAGCAGAGUUCAGCAGGCUGAACUUCACACAGGAUCCUUGCCAGUUAUCUACAGCACGGCUUUGCAAGGAGAGAAGCUACAUAGGGUUUUUCACAAUGUUUUAGAUAACCUGGUAAAUGUCAUGAAUGGAUAUUGCCUUCCAGAACCUUACUUCAGCUGCAAGGUAAAAGACUGGGUGGAAAGACUAAUGAAGACUCUCAGAGACCCAUCACUUCCUUUGCUUGAACUUCAGGACAUCAUGACAAGUGUAUCAGGGCGUAUUCCCCCAAAUGUGGAAAAAGCAAUAAAAAAAGAGAUGGCCCAGUAUGCUAGUAACAUUACUUCUGUGUUGUGCCAGUUUCCAAGCCAACAGAUUGCAAAUAUAUUAGACAGUCACGCAGCUACACUGAACCGUAAAUCUGAACGUGAGGUUUUCUUCAUGAACACACAGAGCAUUGUGCAACUGGUGCAAAGAUACCGAAGUGGCAUUCGAGGUCACAUGAAAGCGGUGGUCAUGGAUUUGCUUCGUCAGUAUUUGAAAGUUGAAACUCAGUUCCAGCAUGGUCAUUACGACAAGUGUGUCUUCAGUCUUCGUGAAGAGAAUAAAAGUGACCUCACAAUGGUACUGAACUACAUCUUUUCCCAUGCUCAAGUCACCAAGAAGAAUCUUCUAAUUACUAUGCUAAUUGAUCAGUUGUGUGGACGGGAUCCUACAUUAACAGAUGAGUUGUUGAAUAUCUUGACAGAGCUCACCCAACUAAGCAAAACAACUAAUUCAAAAGUGGCUUUGCGGGCCCGUCAGGUCCUUAUUGCUUCACAUUUGCCUUCAUAUGAGCUUCGCCACAACCAAGUGGAAUCCAUUUUCUUGUCUGCCAUUGACAUGUAUGGGCAUCAGUUCUGCAUUGAAAAUCUUCAGAAACUUAUUCUGUCUGAAACCUCCAUCUUCGAUGUCCUGCCCAACUUUUUUUACCACAGCAACCAGGUGGUAAGAAUGGCUGCACUAGAGGUGUAUGUACGGCGGGCAUACAUUGCCUAUGAACUGAAUAGUGUGCAGCAUCGGCAGCUAAAGGACAACACCUGUGUAGUUGAGUUUCAGUUUAUGUUACCAACAUCUCAUCCAAACAGAGGGAACAUCCCUACUCUGAACAGAAUGUCAUUUUCUUCCAAUCUCAACCAUUAUGGGAUGGUGCAUGUUGCUAGCGUCAGUGAUGUCCUACUUGAUACUUCAUUUACUCCUCCGUGUCAGAGAAUGGGUGGCAUGGUUGCAUUUCGGACUUUUGAUGAUUUUGUCAGAAUGUUUGAUGAUAUCAUGAGUUGCUUCUCUGACUCUCCUCCCCAAAGUCCUAUAUUCCCUGAGGCAGGUCACCCUACAUUGUAUGAUGAAGAUGACAAUAAGAGUGUCAGAGAUGAGCCCAUCCACAUCCUAAACAUUGCCAUCAAAACCGACUGUGAUAUUGAUGAUGAUAGUUUGGCUGCCAUGUUCCGAGACUUUACGCAAAACAAAAAAGCUGUGCUGAUGGAUCAUGGAAUUCGUCGACUAACAUUUUUAGUAGCACAAAAGGAUUUCAGAAAGCAGAUAAACUGUGAGGUAGACCAAAGGUUUCAUAGGGAGUUUCCCAAAUUCUUUACUUUCCGGGCAAGAAACAAGUUUGAGGAAGACCGAAUCUAUAGACAUUUGGAACCUGCCCUUGCCUUCCAGUUAGAGUUGAACCGUAUGAGAAACUUUGACUUAACAGCAAUUCCAUGUGCCAACCAUAAAAUGCAUCUGUACUUGGGGGCUGCCAAAGUAGAAGAAGGAACUGAAGUGACAGAUUAUAGAUUCUUUGUCCGUGCUAUCAUCAGACACUCUGAUCUAGUUACUAAGGAAGCAUCAUUUGAGUACCUUCAAAAUGAAGGUGAACGACUUCUUUUAGAAGCCAUGGAUGAACUAGAAGUGGCAUUUAAUAAUACCAAUGUGCGCACAGACUGCAAUCACAUUUUCCUAAACUUUGUACCUACUGUAAUCAUGGACCCUUCAAAGAUUGAAGAAUCCGUUCGGAGUAUGGUCAUGCGUUAUGGAAGUAGACUGUGGAAAUUACGUGUCCUGCAAGCUGAAUUAAAAAUCAACAUUCGUUUAACACCAACAGGAAAGCAAAUUCCAAUUCGCUUAUUUUUGACAAAUGAAUCUGGUUACUACUUGGACAUUAGCUUGUACAAAGAAGUGACAGACUCCAGAACUGGACAAAUAAUGUUCCAGGCCUAUGGAGAUAAGCAGGGACCGCUUCAUGGGAUGCUUAUCAACACGCCUUAUGUAACAAAAGAUCUGUUACAAUCAAAAAGAUUCCAAGCACAGUCCUUAGGAACAACCUAUGUGUAUGAUAUCCCUGAAAUGUUUCGCCAAGCUUUAAUCAAGCUUUGGGAGUCAAUGGAUGCAAGUGCCUAUAUUCCAAAAUGUCCCCUGCCUUCUGAUGUUCUAAUUUAUACUGAGCUUGUGCUGGAUGACCAGGGUCAGUUGGUACACCUGAACAGGCUGCCCGGGGGAAAUGAGAUUGGAAUGGUGGCAUGGAAAAUGACUUUGAAAUCUCCAGAAUAUCCAGAUGGCAGAGAUAUUGUUGUAAUAGGGAAUGACAUUACGUACAGAAUCGGGUCGUUUGGUCCUCAGGAGGAUCUGUUGUAUUUGAGAGCCUCAGAGCUCUCCAGAUCACAAGGGAUUCCACGUAUAUAUGUUGCAGCAAACAGUGGUGCAAGAAUAGGUUUGGCUGAAGAGAUACGACACAUGUUCCAUGUUGCGUGGGAAGAUGCUACAGAUCCUUAUAAAGGAUAUAAAUAUUUAUAUUUAACACCUCAAGAUUACAAGAAAGUCAGUGCUCUUAACUCUGUUUAUUGUGAGCAUGUGGAAGAUGAAGGAGAAUCACGGUACAAGAUAACAGAUAUAAUUGGUAAAGAGGAAGGUCUUGGAGUGGAGAAUCUCCGAGGGUCCGGCAUGAUUGCUGGUGAAACUUCUCUGGCUUAUGAAGAAAUCAUCACCAUUAAUCUGGUGACCUGCAGGGCAAUUGGUAUCGGAGCUUAUUUGGUGAGAUUGGGUCAACGAACAAUUCAGGUUGAAAACUCGCAUAUUAUUUUGACUGGUGCUGGGGCAUUAAACAAAGUGCUAGGUCGAGAGGUCUACACGUCCAACAAUCAGCUUGGUGGCAUCCAAAUCAUGCACAACAAUGGUGUCACUCAUUCCACAGUGUAUGAUGACUUUGAGGGAGUGUACACAAUUCUGCAGUGGCUUUCCUAUAUGCCUAAGUGCAUUUCCAGUCCUGUGGCCAUCAUUUCUCCAAAGGAUAUAAUUGAAAGACAGAUUGAGUUUGUUCCCACCAAAGCUCCGUAUGAUCCUAGAUGGAUGCUGGCUGGACGACCUCACCCAUGUCAAAAAGGACAAUGGUUGAGUGGAUUCUUUGACCAUGGAUCUUUCAUGGAAAUAAUGCAACCAUGGGCACAAACUGUAGUAGUUGGCAGAGCCAGACUGGGAGGCAUACCUGUAGGAGUUGUUGCAGUAGAAACAAGGACUGUGGAAUUAAGCAUACCUGCUGAUCCUGCUAAUCUUGACUCAGACGCAAAGAUAAUACAACAAGCAGGGCAGGUAUGGUUUCCAGAUUCCGCUUUUAAGACUGCUCAAGCAAUCAAGGAUUUCAACAGAGAAGGACUCCCACUUAUGGUGUUUGCUAACUGGAGAGGAUUUUCUGGUGGAAUGAAAGAUAUGUAUGAUCAAGUACUGAAGUUUGGAGCAUACAUUGUGGAUGGCUUACGUGAAUACCAACAGCCUGUGCUGGUGUAUAUACCACCACAAGCUGAACUGAGAGGAGGGUCAUGGGUAGUGAUUGAUCCUACAAUUAAUCCAAGGCACAUGGAAAUGUAUGCUGAUAAAGAGAGCAGGGGGGGUGUUUUGGAACCAGAGGGUACCGUUGAAAUAAAGUUCAGGAGAAAGGAUUUGGUGAAGACAAUGAGAAGAGUAGAUCCAGUUUACAUACAUCUUGCAGAAAGAUUAGGAACUCCAGAGCUUAGUCCUGCUGACUGCAAAGAGUUGGAAAACAAGCUUAAGGAAAGAGAAGAAUUUCUGAUCCCUAUUUAUCGCCAAGUCGCUGUGCAGUUUGCAGAUCUACAUGAUACACCUGGUAGAAUGCAGGAGAAGGGAGUUAUAACUGAUGUUCUGGAAUGGAAAACAUCAAGGACUUUUUUUUACUGGAGGUUACGAAGGCUGCUUUUGGAAGAUGUAGCAAAGAAAAAGAUCCAUGCUGCAAAUCCAGAGUUAACAGAUGGACAGAUCCAAGCUAUGCUAAGGCGAUGGUUUGUUGAAGUGGAAGGAACUGUCAAGGCUUACCUGUGGGAUAAUAAUAAGGACGUGGUGGAAUGGUUGGAGAAACAGUUAACUGAAGAAGAUGGAACACGUUCUGUUGUUGAUGAAAAUAUCAAAUAUAUUUCUAGGGAUUAUAUCCUCAAACAAAUUCGCAGCUUGGUGCAAGAAAACCCUGAAGUUGCCAUGGAUUCUAUUGUUCACAUGACACAACACAUUUCACCAACACAGAGAGCAGAAAUUGUCAGAAUUCUGUCAACCAUGGACUCCCCAACAUCUACAUAGAGGUCUUGCAUCAUGGAGUUUAAUCUUAACAUAUAAAACCAUAUAUUGAGGAAGUAAGACACACAGCUGAAAAUGAUUGCCAACAACUUCACUGACCUUUUAAAAUACUUUUAUUUUCUUGUAAAGUAUUUUAUAGUCAAAGUUUUUUUUUUUUUUUUAACAUGCAUCCAGUUAUAUAGUGUAGCAUAGAAGAGGAGAUAAAUACAGAGCAGCUAUCGAGAAGAGCCGAUUUCAAUUUUUUCAAACAUGCUUAGUUGACAGGAGGUGUAACCAAAGGUUUAAGCAAUACUAAAUUCAUUCUGGUGUAUAUACUUCAUGGCUUCUCCUGAGAACAUGCAAAUAUGGUGACAAUGUAUAAAGCACUAAUAGUACAAGCUCUAUCAUAGACCUCACUUUAUUUAAACACUGUGGGGGUUAUUUAUUAUCCAGAAAUACACCUACAAUUAUAAAGGUUAUUUGCGUUGCAAGCUGCGACUUUUCCCCACUCACGGCAUGUCUAGAAAAAAAGAGGGUGGCGAAGGGAGCCCUUCUCUUUCAUCAUUUUAUAUGCCUGUUUUAGGCAUAGAAAAUGGUCUAAAUGUAAGCCAACAAGGAAGCUGGCUUACGUUUAGGCUGGCGCUGGAUCCGCUGGAGUUGUGUAGAGGCUGGUUGACUCUUCAUAACUUCGGCUGAUCCACCUCCAGCUAUAGGGGUUAUUAAGACCAGCAUCUAAAAUGCCUGUCUUAAUAAAUGCCCCCCCUGUGUCCCUUCAAGACUUAUAUCUAUAGCUUUCCUAAAAGCACAUUUAGUCCUUUGCAGAAAUAUUGAGUCAAUACUAGUCAAUCUAAAAGGAUUGUCAUGGAUGCUAUUUCACUGUGUAGGAACAGGCUUUUUCUUUCAAGUAAUCUGCUUUUAUCCUGAAAAUGAGUCAAAAUGAGGUUAUAGGAUGACCGAUGUGGAGAUAUAGAAGUGGUAACAAAAAGGUGGAAAAAUAGAAGUCAGAUCAUUUUAUGCAAAAUUUCAGAAACUUUUGGUAUCAUUUAUCAAAC